GGCAGCAUGAUCCUGCUGCUCCCUCUGGCUGCGGUGCUGGGCUCCCUGGGGGGGCCGGCGCUUGCCGGGGGGCCCCAGCCUGAGCUGCCGGGGGGCUCCGCGGGCGCGUCUCCCCUUGGCAAGGCGGCUCAGCACAACUUCGCCAUCGUCAUCCCAGCUGGAGGCAUCGAAUGUUUCUGGCAGCACGCGUACCCGCAGGGGCACUUCUACUUUGGCUACGAGGUGCAGUGGACUUCAGGGAUCAGCCACGACAGACACGUCCUGGCUACCGCCAACGACCCCAGCGGCACGCAUCUCGGCACCUCCCAGGACACCCGGGGGCAGAUCAACUUCCAGGCCACGGAGACGGGCUUCUACCAGCUGUGCCUGAGCAACCGCUACAACCACUUUGGAUCUGUGCAGGUUCGCCUCAACCUGGGAGUCUUCUACGGAGACUUCAACCUGAAGGGCCUGGAAGAACCUGAGAGGAAGAAACUCAACGACACGCUGGAUGCCAUUCAGGACAGCACCACCAGGCUGCUGGUCUCCGUCUUCCACAUGUGGCGCUACUACAACUUUGCUCGGAUGAGAAAUGCCGCCGAUUUCUUCCUCGUCCAGUCCAACUACAACUACGUGAACUGGUGGUCUGCGGCCCAAAGCGUCACCAUCGUUCUCUCCGGGGUGCUUCAGCUCUACUUCCUGAAGCGCCUCUUCACCACCCAGCCCACCAGCAAGCCGCGCUGCUGA